UUCUCUGGUUAUUUCUCAAACCCUCACCCAAAAAACAGUCAGUGUAGGACAUAAGAAAGGAACUGAGAUACUCCGAAAGAAAAUACAGACAGAGAGAGCCAUAGGGAGAGUGUUUUAUAGUCCAACCAAUGGCUCCUUGGACAAAAACUAUCUCUGAAAGAUAUGGAGUUGUUAAGUGGAAUUUCGUCGCCAAAUCGGAGAAGCAGUUGUCCCUGGUUAUCGGGGACACUGUGCACAUACAGGAGUCAUGUGAAGGAUGGUAUAAAGGUUAUGUGAUCAAGAACAAAGAGAGAAAGGGAGCAUUUCCUGCAAGCUUUAUAGUGUUAAAGGAAGUCACCAUCGAAAAGAGAGGAGAUGAGGAGAUCAUAACAUCUGCGGAGAUGCCGCUGGUGAAGGAGGUGACCACCACACUGAGAGAAUGGGGCAGCAUCUGGAAACAGCUCUAUGUGUCCAGUAAGAAGGAGCGUUUCAGUCAGGUGCAGCGGCUCAUGUGGGAUCUGAUGGAGUGGCGUUCACAGCUCCUGUCCGGGACACUGCCGAGUGACGAGUUUAAGGAGCUCAAACAGAAAGUCACCUCAAAGAUCGACUAUGGAAAUAAGAUCCUGGAGCUGGAUGUGGUGGUGCGGGAUGCCGAUGGGAAUAUCUUGGACCCUGAGCGAGCGAGUGUUAUCAGCCUCUUCCGAGCACACGAGGACGCUACGGCCAAGAUCACAGAGCGCAUUAAAGAAGAACAGUCCAACGUUCAGCUGGAUCAUUCUGGCGUAUCCGCACGGAUCCAGUCUUCUCCCACACACAGCUUGUAUGUCUUUGUGCGUAACUUUGUGUGUCGUAUCGGCGAGGAUUCUGAGCUCUUCAUGUCUCUGUACGACCCCAUCAAGCAGACCAACAUCAGUGAGAAUUAUUUGGUCCGAUGGGGAGAUAAAGGUUUGCCAAAGGACAUUGAGAUGCUCAACAGUCUGAAAGUGGUCUUUACAGAUCUAGGGAAUAAAGACCUUGGCAGAGAGAAGAUCUAUCUGAUCUGUCAGAUUGUGCGUGUGGGCCGUAUGGAUCUGAAAGAUACUAAUCAUAAGAAAUGCACGAUGGGUCUGCGGAGGCCGUUUGGUGUUGCUGUGAUGGACAUCAGCGACAUCAUCAAAGGAAAGACAGAAUGUGACGAAGAGAAGCAAUAUUUCAUUCCAUUUCAUCCGGUAAUAGCUGAGAAUGACUUUCUUCACACCCUCCUUAACAAAGUGACGACGUCGCGAGGUGACAGCGGAGGUCAAGGUCUGUGGGUCACCAUGAAAGCUCUAGUGGGCGACAUCGUCCAGAUCCGAAAAGAAUAUCCCCACCUGGUGGACCGGAGCACCGUGGUUGCGCGAAAACUGGGUUUUCCUGAGAUCAUCAUGCCGGGUGACAUCCGUAACGACAUCUACCUCACGCUGCACUCCGGAGACUUUGACAAGUACAACAAAACCACACAGAAGAACGUGGAGGUCAUUAUGCUGGUGUGUGACGAGGAGGGGAAGGUCGUGCCGAACUCAAUCUGUCUGGGAGCUGGAGAUCGGCCUGUAAACGAAUAUAGAUCUGUCAUUUACUACCAGAUCAAACAACCUCGCUGGAUGGAAACUUUUAAGGUGGCGAUCCCUCUUGAGGAGAUGCCCAGAAUCCAUCUGCGCUUCAUGUUCCGUCAUCGAUCCUCACAGGAGUCGAAGGACAAGAGUGAAAGGAACUUUGCGAUGGCGUUUGUGCGUCUAAUGAAGGAAGACGGGACCGUUCUGAGAGAUGGCAUACAUGAGCUCACCGUCUUUAAGGGUGACAGUAAGCGCAUGGAGGAAGUCAGCUCGUAUCUGUCCCUGCCGUCCGAGCGCAGUCACUCUGACAGCCACAAGGCGGCGACGCUGAUGCGCAGCUCCAGCAGUGUGGGCGGCCUGUCCGUCAGCUCCAGAGACACACUGACCAUCGCAACACUCGUCUGCUCCACCAAACUCACGCAGAAUGUGGGUUUAUUGGGUCUGCUGAAGUGGAGAACUCGUCCUGAGAUGCUGAAACAAAACCUACAGGAGCUCAAACUCAUUGACGGAGAGGAGGUGGUGAAGUUUGUGCGGGAUUUUUUGGAUUAUGUUUUAAAAUUUAUGUCUGAUGACUAUGAUAUUUUGGUUUUUGACGCUUUGAUCUAUAUUAUCGGUCUGAUUGCUGACAGAAAGUUUCAGCAUUUCAACACUGUGUUGGAGGCCUAUAUCAAACAACACUUCAGUGCCACCCUGGCUUACAAGAAGCUGAUGUCCGUGCUGAAGACGUAUCUAGACGUGUCCAGUCGAGGGGAGGCUUGUGAACCCAUCCUAAGGACGCUCAAAGCCCUCGAGUACAUCUUCAAGUUCAUCGUCCGCUCCCGAAUGCUCUACUCUCAACUGUAUGAAGGGAAGGAACAGGCCGAGUUUGAGGAAUCUCUCAAAAGUUUAUUUGAGUCGAUCAAUAACCUGAUGAAAAGUGACUACACCACUACACUGCUGCAGCAGGUAUGAAUAGUUUAAUUCAGUGGCCGCUCUGAAUACUUGCCCACAGUCCUGCAAGAUGUGGAAAAUGUGUUCAAUGCUAAACUCCUCAGUAAGCUGUUGUAUGAUUUCUACACCUGUAUUCCUCCGGAUAAACUACAGAAACAGAAAGUGGCGUCCAUGACUGUGAUCGUGGGCAGCAAACUCUUCCACAGACAAGACUGCCGUGACAUCCUGUUACCCAUGAUGCUCCGGGAGCUGAGUGGGGCGUUGGCCGUGGUGGGGGACGGGCUUCAGGAUGAGAAUGGUAAAAGAGUAGAAAUUAUUAUUAAAUUCCUGGAGGUGCUGAGCCGAAACGACGUGGGAGACACAUUUCAGCACAUUCAGGACAUUGUGUCGUCUCUGCUGAGGACAAUAAACCGCACAGUCAUCACGAUGGGCCGAGAACACGCUCUCAUUUCUCGAGUGGUGGCCUGUAUGACGGCUAUUCUCAGUCAGAUGGAUGACAGACACUAUUCACGCUACAUAGAGACCUUCAGCGGGACCACAGACCUAGUGGACUUCCUGAUGGAAUUGGUGUUUCUCCAAGCAAUCAACACGUACGCCGACACCAUGAACCACAAGUUCCUCGACAACAACAGCUUUGAAGUGCAGUUAUGGAAUAAUUACUUCCAUUUGGCUGUGGCAUUUAUUACCCAGGAGUCCUUGCAGUUGCAGCAUUUCUCUCCCACCAAAAGGAGCAAGAUUCUGGCCAAAUAUGGAGACAUGAGACGGCUGAUUGGUUUUGCUAUCAGAGACAUGUGGUACAAGCUCAGUAAAAAUAAGAUCUGUUUCAUUCCCGGGAUGGUGGGUCCCAUCCUGGAGAUGACGCUCAUCCCGGAGGAAGAGCUGCGGAGAGCAACCAUCCCCAUAUUCUUUGACAUGAUGCAGUGUGAACACAACCACUCCGGAAACUUCAGAAAGUUUGAGAACGAGAUCAUCCUGAAGUUGGAUCAUGAAGUGGAAGGGGGUGGAGGAGACGAGAGAUACAUGGAGCUGUUACAGAGCAUUCUUUUAGAGUGCGCUCAAGGACGCCCCCCGCUGCUGACCGAGGUACAGCACUUCGUAACCCUUGUGACCGGCCUCCUCGAGCGACUUCUUGACUACCGCACAGUGAUGAGCGAUGACAGUCGAAACAACCGCAUGAGCUGCACUGUCAAUCUUCUGAAUUUCUACAAGGACAUCAACCGUGAGGGGAUGUACAUCAGGUACCUCUAUAAAUUGCGGGAUCUUCAUUUGGAUGGAGAAAACUACACAGAGGCGGCGUACACACUUCUGCUGCACUCCAAACUGCUUAAGUGGUCAGAGGAGCAGUGCACCCUUCAGCUGGACUUUCAGACACCUCAGUCCCAGCGGCAGCUCAAAGAAUCGCUCUACGACACCAUCAUCAGCUAUUUUGAUAAGGGCAAGAUGUGGGAGGAGGCCAUCACUCUGUGUAAGGAGUUAGCAGAUCAGUUCGAGAUGGAGGUCUUCGAUUACGAGCUGCUCGGACAGAAACUGAAUCAGCAGGCCAAGUUUUAUGAGAGCAUCAUGAAGAUCCUGCGGCCCAAGCCAGACUACUUUGCUGUGGGAUAUUAUGGCUGCGGCUUCCCUCAGUUCCUCAGGAAUAAGGUUUUCAUUCACCGUGGGAAGGAGUACGAGCGCAGGGAAGAUUUCCAGAGUCAGCUGAUGAGUCAGUUUCCCAGCGCUGUGAGACUCAACAUCACCACAAUGCCUGGAGACGACAUUAAAAACUCCAACAUGCAGUAUAUCCAGUGUUUUACAGUGCAGCCGGUUCUGGAGAUCCCGCCGCGUCUGAGGAACAAACCAGUGCCUGAUCAGAUCAUCAACUUCUACAAGUCAAACUAUGUCCAGCGGUUCCAGUACUCCAGACCUGUGAGGAGAGGGAAAGUGGAUCCUGAUAAUGAGUUUGCUUCCAUGUGGAUCGAGCGAACCACAUUCAUAACUGCUUACAAACUACCAGGAAUCCUGCGCUGGUUUGAGGCCACAAGCAUGACCCACACGACGGUGAGUCCGCUGGAGAACGCCAUCGAGACGAUGGGACAAACCAAUGAGAAAAUCCUCACCAUGAUCAACCAGUACCAGUGUGACGACGCUUUACCCAUAAACCCUCUCUCCAUGCUGCUCAAUGGCAUCGUGGACCCAGCCGUCAUGGGCGGCUUCGCCAAAUACGAGAAGGCGUUCUUCACGGAAGAAUACAUGCACGAACAUCAUGAGGACAGAGACAAACUCAUGAGACUCAAAGACCUCAUCGCAUGGCAGAUCCCGUUGUUGGGCAGAGGAAUCAGUCUGCAUGGAAAAAGAGUGACGGAUGACCUUCGACCUUUCCACGAGCGCAUGGAGGAGUGCUUCAAACAACUGAAGAAGAAGGUGGAGAAGGAGUACGGAGUGAGAGAGCUGCCUGAUACUGAUGAGAGACGAUCCACCCGGCCGCGCUCUAUGCUGCGCUCGGUCCGACAGUCCAUCUGCUCAUUGGCUGGAUCUGAAUGUGGAACGCCCACUAAGACACACCCAGAGAGGUGACCACGCCCACACACAUGUGCCUCUGUU